AGAAAAAAAGAGCACAAGUUGUCGUUGUCCAAAACCAUGUGGUGGCUAUAGGAGAACCAUAUAAUCAAUCAUGCCAUUCCUCCCCCGGCCUGCCUGUAAUUGCAGAGCCAACAGUGGAGAUCAGCUUUGGGUAAUAACUGCCGCAUGCACUUUUGCUUCACCUACAUAUCAAUUCCCGAGUUCCCAUCCAUGCAUAUAUAUAUACCUAUACAGUCAAACACAUUCAGAUAGAUUUGAAAAAGAAAACCCUAACUUCGACCAAUUAUUUCAUUAUAAUAAUAUGGUAACAUGAAGUUUAAUUAAAUUCAAGGAAGCAGCUUACUAGCUUAGUAUAUAUGUCUGUGUGAUGGUUUAUUGUUUUCAUUCCUGCCGCUGCUUAUAUUAUUAGAGCUUAUAAUGAAGAGGCAAAGAAAAGGAUGGAAAAGAAUGGAGCAAGGGUUUUCAGGUUUUGGGGGAGAAAGAAAGGGGUAGCUAAUAGUAAUUAACUAUAUAGCUUACUUUAAUCCCUCCCCUUUUUUUAAUUAUUUGUGCUUUGUGCGUGUAUAUGUGUGGGGGGUGGGGGUGGGGUAUAAGAACUGUUUGUUUUGAUCUGUUCAACUUGGGAUCGGAUGUUGAGCUAAGCCUUUUAAUUAAAAUCCUCCUUCCAAACACUACUUCUCUUAGCUCCAUCGCAUAAACACCAUUCUUCGUAAUAAGAUAUCCAGUAAUAAUACUAAUAAUCUCAAAAUAACAAUUAUUAUUGAGAUUAUAAUUAUUAUUCGAUGGAUUAUGCUUACCUCCACCAAAAUCAUCACCAGUUCCUCCACCAAGAUCAUCAGCUUCCUGUAAUUCUUUCCUCUCCUCCUUCUCUAGCAAAUAAUAUUAACUGUAAUAUACAGAAUUCCCUAUCAUCAUCUUGCUAUGGAGAUUCUACAACUACAUGGACCCCAAACAGUAACACCAUAAACAGUGGCAGCAGUUGUUUGAGCUCAUUACUUUUAUAUCCAAACAAUACUCUCAGCAGCUCAGUAAACCAUCCUCAGCAACAGCAGGAGGAGGAGGUCAACAUGCCCACCCAAGAGUUGACUUUUAAUCACUGGCCGGAGGAGGCGGCUUUCAGCGGCGGCGCAAUGAAGCAAGAACUCUCACCGGCGGUGGAUCCACAGUUCUUUUGCUCCACUAAUGGUAAAAGAGGAGGAAGCACUGCAAGCAGAUUUAUAAGUCAGAUAUACCCAACCAUAAACGUUCCCAUCUUGAACCAUAAUAAGAAUAAUCAGGAAUUAGAAGAAGCUGCAUCUGCUAAUUCCUUGGGGAAUUCUAGGUCUUUGGGGAUGAACAAUUUGCAAGCUUUGGAUCUGUUCAAUUCUGAGCAUCAUCAACAGUUUGGGUUUCAAAGCUUUCCUGGGAUUGAUCACUAUCAUCAUAAUUUGCAGCAAGCAACUCAUCAAAGGACAUUGUUUGGUAACAACUUUCACAAUAUAUCAGCAGCCUUGUCCUGCCAUAACAAUGCCACAACAGAGGGAAAAAGGCAAGGCAAUGGUGUGGAGCCAAAGCCACCUCAAGCACCACUUAUUAAGAAAUCCCGACUGGAUCCGCGUGUCUCCUGUCCGCCCUUUAAGGUGAGAAAAGAGAAGUUAGGAGAUAGAAUUGCAGCUCUUCAACAGUUAGUAGCACCUUUCGGCAAGACAGAUACGGCAUCCGUACUGAUGGAGGCCAUUGGGUACAUCAAAUUUCUUCAAAACCAAGUUGAGACUUUAAGCGUGCCGUAUAUGAAAUCAUCACGCAACAAGGGCUGUGGUUCAACCAUGCAAGGGCAGUGGGGCCAGCAUGAAGACAACAUUGAAACCGAAGAAACCAGAAGAAGAGGGGAUCUUAGAAGCCGAGGGCUUUGUCUUGUACCAUUGUCAUGCAUGUCUUACGUUGACGACAGCUGUGGCGGUGGCGGCGGCGGCUUCUGGCCUCCUCAGAGCUUCGGCGGAUCUUAAUCAAACAACACGUGAGUUGCAUGCUUCAUGUCGUGCUCUAAAGUCUGCUCCAUUCAUGGUAACGUAGCAGCUCAUCUCCUACGCCAUGCAUACUUAGUUGCUGGUUUAUUAGAGGCUGAUUAGCUGUUGAAUAAGGAUUUAUUAGAUAUGCUUAUUUUGUACUAGCCAUAUUGAUUAAUGGAGCAAGCUUGGUCAUUCUGUAUGGUCAAAAGAGCCACCUUAAGGAUGGACCAAGUUUGAUCCAUUAAAAUUAUAUAUGGGCUUUUUUCUAUUAUUGCUUCAUUAUCACAAGACUUUAUUAUUGUAAUGCAUGGCACCCUUAUCUACCCUAAUAACUUCAAAAGUGAGGCUUUCAUUUGUUAGUUAUUGAUUUGCUCCACAGAAAUUAAAUCUAUUCGGAGGGUGCAUUUUUUGAUGAGUCCUUAUACCGUGCAACCGGUGCAUGGGGAGCACCAUGCACCCAUGGUUAUAUGAAAUGUAACUCGUGUGAUUCGAGAUGUAACUUCAAGUUAAUCAAAAUGUAAAUUGCACUCAUUCACAUGUAACUCGUUUAAAUGUAAACUGCUUUUAUUGAAAUGUCACUUGGAGAACAAAUUAGAUGUAACUUAGCAUAUGUAACUUUAAACUUUUGAAAUGUAAAACGUUUUUACAAAGAUGUAACUCCAUGUAUUAAUA